AUGAAGCCCACAACAUCUUAUAGAUCGAGUGGGUUACUUGAUUUCAAGCCUUGCAGACGCUCUCCCUUAUCAGAUGAUGAAGGAGAUCGAUAUCUUGCUGACGAGCGGAGACGCAAGCGCAGUAGAGAACACUCAUCGACAAGCUCAGAUGCAAAAGAUGAUUCUUUUUUAGAUGAAAACUCAACCAAACGGCAACGAAGGCAGAAAAGAUAUGCAGAUCCUGAAAGCAGUGAAGAUGAAGAUUACGCUCAAAUUACUAGUAUUCCUCCAGAAUUACUCAAUAGACUCAAGUCAUUUGCAUUGUUCGAAAACGCCCCCAAAUCUUUUCUGACCGCCUUAGGGCGUUCAUUGAAGCCAGUGCAGUACUUUCCACAAGAAUACAUUGUGAAGGCAGGAGAACAGGCCAAGUCGAUGUAUUGGAUCUUAAGAGGUACAGUGGGAGUGACAUCCACUGACGGCGAAGCACUGUAUGCAGAACUAGCAGCAGGGUCAUUUUUUGGCGAAAUUGGUAUUCUUUUUAACAGACCGAGAACCGCAACAGUGGUGGCCAGAACGAAAGUGCUUUUGGGGGUCUUGACUAAAGGUGCAUUAGGGGUUGUUUUGUCAGAUUAUCCGAAAAUAGAACGUUUGAUCAGAGAUGAAGGUCAAGAACGUCUUGCAAUGCAGGAGAAGCGAAAACAAAAAACAAAGUCAUCCGCAAAUCUUCUCUUCCAAAGACGUGAAAAUCUACUUGUACCUUCGAAGUAUAGCAACGACUCGAUUACAGCUUUUGAGAAUGAACCUUUACCGGGUCCCGUUCUUCCUCCGACAUCAGAUGCUACCACACCAGUUUUAAAAACGCUGAACCCUUUUGAUCCAUCGCAAAUACUAAUCCAGCAACCACCAACGAUACCAACGGGCAGUAUCGAUAAUUCUAUUUCUGUGAGAGAGUUUUUGAGCGGUCUACCAAUCUUCAAAUCUCUACCAUCGGACGUAUUUCACGAACUCGCGCUUAUGGUAGAAAUCAAAGAUCUUGAGCCAAUGGAAUAUAUUUUCAAGAAGGGAGAUGCUGGAAGAGACAUCUAUUUUGUUGUGUUUGGGGAAGUUGAAGUUUUAGAUGCUGAAAAGGCUAGCCAUAUCGUUGCAAGACUAGGAUGCGGAAAAUAUUUUGGUGAGAUGUCAUUUUUGUCUUCCCUACGCGAUGAUCAUGACUCCUCUAAGACUGAGACGAGGUCAGCAGCUGUCCGUGCAGUUUCUGAGUCUGAAGUGCUUGUGGUCAAAGGCAACAUAUUGGAGGACCUAUGUAAACGAUAUCCGGUUGUUGCAGAGGACAUGAAGCACACUGCAUGCGAGAGACUAAAGAAAAAUGAUUCCGUUGGAGAUUUGAUCGACUCGGCCGACAUAGCAGCUCAUGAUCAAAAUACGGUAUCCUCGUUGAUUAAGGAUAACGCACAAAAGCCAAUAUUUCAGAGCAUCUCAUGGAAUAACGAGGCGUAUGAAUCGGAGCCUUCGAGCCCUCUUGAUCCCGUCAUGACGCCAUACUACAGGGAUUCGGUGAGUACAACGGGAUCACAAGACUUCGCUAAAAUGAACAAACCCUCGGGUCCACCUAUGACAUCUGAUAGUUUUUCAAAGGCCCAGAGACCUACCAUUCAAUUGUACGCACCAUCACCCAAUCCAGUGUCAGGAUCACUUUACAAGUUUGGAAACUCACUCAGACCUCCCUUCCACUAUACGCCUCAUGACCAUCGCUUACGAUUACUAAACAUCAACAAUGGACGUCGCCGAUCUUCUGUAUUAUCAUCAGGUCCCUUUCCGGACUCCAUCUUCAUGAAAAUCUUCAAAUAUUUGGAUUUACCAGAUUUGAUGAGAUUUGCCACGGUUUGCAAGAAGUGGAAGCAGCUUUUAUACCUGGGACCAGAUCUGAUGAAAACUCUUGAUCUAACGCCGUGGAAGCGAGACCUUACAGACCAAGCUCUAAUCCAGAUCACAAAUUUUGCUGGACCACGCCCUGAAGUUAUCAACGUUUCCAGUUGUUUCCAUAUCACGGAUGCCGGAUUUUGCUAUAUGAUUAAUGAAAUUGGAAUACGCGGAUGCAUAAAGAAGCUCUAUAUGAGCAAUAAUUGGAAUAUAUCCGCCAUGUCUAUUAUGGAUCUGAGCAUUGUUGCUAGAGAAUUGAUUUUGGUUGACUUUUCGAACUGUCCAAAAGUUCGCGAUGAUGUUAUCGAGAGGUUGAUCACACCGCACGGAUCCAAAUAUGGCUGCCCAAAUCUGCGAACACUGAACUUGUCUUACUGUAAGUACUUGACAGACAGAACGAUGUCUCAGAUCGCCAACAAUGCCUCGCAGCAACUAACGUCGCUGAAUCUCACCAGAUGCACUACAAUCACAGACGGUGGAUUCAUGUUUUGGUCACAAACACGGUUUCCUAACUUAAGGAAACUUGUACUACGAGAUUGUACCUUCCUCUCAGAUGCUGCUAUAUCCCAUUUAUCAGUUGCAUGUCCCAAUCUAGAAGACUUAGACCUCACUUUUUGUUGCGUUUUGACAGAUAAUUCGCUUGCAAUGUUACAUCUAUAUUGCAAGUAUUUGAGGUCUUUGAAUCUAUCCUUCUGUGGGUCAGCAGUCAGUGACAAUUCGCUAGCUUCUAUAGCUCGCCUGCCUUGCUUAGAGAAUCUUUCUUUAAGGGGAUGUAUCAGGGUCACUCGCCAAGGAGUCGAUAAGAUUUUGUCAAAUCUUCAAAAUCUGAAGUAUUUGGAUUUAAGUCAAUGUCCUAGGGUGGAUACGUACCAAGGCAAGGCCGUAGAACCAUUUGAGAAGCAACCAGGAUCCAGGAACGCUUACCUUAAGAUUUCGCCUUAUCGACGAAUCAUCCAAGUUACUUUAUAA